AGCAACCAUUCGCCCAUGACUCCGAGGUUCGGCAAGUAAUAGCGCUGCCCGACUUUCGAGUCACUAAGCAGACUUUCCAAUGCCUGUCAAUAGCGCCCUUCACAUGAUCUCUCGAACACUGCCUUUUUUGCUCUGACACAUUUUACAGAUGUCGUGUCUUGUGCUGAACAGGAAAAGCAGCCCGCGAUGUCGACAAAUGAAUGGCUGGAUCGAGUGAUGCUUAUAGAACAAGCUGUCGCCAAGUGCCGCGGAGAUGUUGCUAACGCUCAAUCAGCGAGAAAUGAGGAGGAACUGCGGGCAGUUAUCACCACCAUGUGCCACGAUAUCAUCGGAAUAAUCGGACGGCCUCAGGUUGAGAGGUCAUUACAAGCAUGGUCUGAAGUAUACCCUGAGCAGGAGGGCACCAAGUUGAUAGAGAAGACAAGCAUCUACCGCCAUUUGCAACAAAAUAAUGCGCCCUGGGUCCCUAUAUCUGAAAAGGAGGACAGAAGAGCUGAAGAUCAUGCUGUGUCAUUGAGGCCGACACCUGGGACAUCAUCUUCGCCUCCUUCGAUACAAGAAAUGGAGAUUCAGAACCGGGCGGGGAGACUUCGGGAUGCCCUUUGUCUACCACCUAUCCGUCGCGCCUCUGCGGAUAAUAUCAACCUAUCGCAUCCGAGAUACAUAUCUCACUUACCGCCCAGCCAUCAUAGAACACCUCAAGAUGAAGUAACUGCUCCGAAUCUCCGCGAGUUCUUCCCCCCAUCAUAUCAUUUGGCGACGAUAUAG